GUACAGGCUGUCCCCCAGAGCCUCGUCCCCGCUGCUCCCGUCCCCCGGCACGAAGCCGAAGACAGCCAGGCCACAGAGCGGGACCGGCACCGCCGGAACCUUCUGCGAGCCGAGCCGAGCCCGCCCCGCCCUCGGCUGAGGGGGACGGAGGGAGACGGGAGCGCGCCCAGCCACUCCGUGCCGCCGCCAGCUGACUGACACCCGCCGCGCCCAAUGGACGUCGAGGCGGCCCGAACGGGUGGGCCCAUGGCGGCGGCGGCCGCCUCACAGAAGCCGGUGCUGUGGGGCGGGGAGCUCCGGCGGCCGGAGCGGGGCUGCGCUGCGCUGACGGCAGCCCCGCGUCCCCUGUGGGCUGGGGCGAGAGGAGGGCGUUAUGCUGCUUCACCUGGUAGCCGAGUUUGACCUGCAGAGGGAUGUGGUCCCCUGGCUGGCGGCGCGGGGUUGGGCCGCGGCUCUAGAUACUUUUGAGAAUUCAUCAGCGCUCUACAUUGUAAAUGUUGAAAGAAAUGGAAAAAUUAUUUAUACUUGGAAGGGAAAUCAAAGAAAUACUCACAUUGGAUUGUAUGAUCUUCAAACUAAACAAAAUGAGCACCUCUAUAUGUUUGAGAGGGAUCUGCGCAUAAUCAGUUGUUCAGUCAACAAUGAAAGGACGUUAUUGGCGGUCAGCUUCCGUCAAUAUACAGAGGAAGAAAGAGUAAGUCGGCUAUUACAGUCAGUAUCCAAGUAUUUAACCUUGCUAAUUGAAAUUCAUCCCAUUAAUAAUGUGAGAGUCCUAAAGGCUGUGGAUAGCUGUGUUAGAGUACAGUUUCUUUAUCCAGUUGAAGGCAGAAAUACUUCUACAGAAAGUCGCCUCUUGCUAGUUUCAGAAGAUAAAUAUAUUGAACAAUUUGACAUUCAUGUUGUUGCAGAAGAAGAACACAAAGUGGUGAUUCAAAACUCAGGUCAGCUUCCAAGAUCCAGAGUUGCAGAUGAUCUCAUUUGGGCACAAUGGGAUAUGAUGGAACAAAGGCUCUUCUACAUUGUUCCAAAGGAAUCAAGGAGUACUUUAAAAUGUGUCCAGUUUUAUCCUGAUGAAAAUUGGAACUCAAUACUGGAGUCACACCUGGAUAUUUCUGUAAAUGACACACAACUAAAACUUGUGAAUUUUGGAUAUGAUUACUGUCAAGACCAAGAUGUUGCGUCUGAAUCUUUGAAUCUUCAGGUUUUUACAAGUAAAGCAGGAGGCCUCUGUGUGUGUUGUAGUCUAGCCUCUGAUAUUCCUGAUGAAAUAACAUACUCCAUAUAUUUUUUACAUAAAGGUUACAACAAAACUUUUACAGUUUCUCUAGAAAGAACAGAAUCUCAUCAAUUGAAGGAAGUGGCUUUUAUGAAUCUUGACUAUUAUGUGGCUGCUUAUUUGCCUGGCCAGUUCCUGCACCUCCUGAAUAUUCAGCAUCCUGACCUGCUGUGCUAUAGUUUAUUUCUGACAGGUGAGGAUGCAAGAAUUGACAUGUUGCAAAACUGCUCCAUCCAAUCCCCGUUCAUGUCCACAGUUUUGGAUUGCCACGUAGGAAGUAUGUAUGCUGUGAGCAUCAGUGACAGCGCCUUACUACAGUUCCUACAGAACAGCAAACGAGACAGUGAGAGAUUGGCAGCUCUGCAUUGUGCCCUGUUGUACUUCCGACACACAGAAGACUUGGAAAUGCAGAUUAUUUGGUGGAUUUCUGAGAACCUGUCAACAUGCCAUUCUUUUGACCCCAUUCAAGAAUUUAUCAUUGCCUCCCUGUACUGCAGAAUGUGUCCAGAAACUCACAACCUGGAUAAACUUUUGCCCUACACGUCACUGCUUGACUGGAUUGGGAUUAUUCCUGGAGUAACAUGUGCAACAGACAUUAUUUCUCUACCUGUGUUAGAGUUCCAAAACUCCAAAGGCUUUUGGGAGAAACUCAACUCCAACUUGGAGAGUGUGAAAUAUGCAGAGCCACACUUGCAUUACCACAAUAAUGUGCUCAGGAGGGAAUGGCGGAACCUUUCAGAAGAGAGAGAAGACAGAAGAACCACAACAUAUUUGAGGAAUAUUUUUGAAAAUGCCAAAAAGGUGCUUUCUCAUCUGGACACUUGGGACUCUGAGGAAAGGCUAGUACCUCUCUUUCAAGAGGAGGAUUAUCAGCAGCAAUUACUAAUGGGACUGAUGGUUGCUCAGCUAAAGGAUCACCUUAUGAGACAUCUGCAGUAUGUAGGAAAAAAGAUCAUUGACCAAAUAGUUUUGGAUUACGUUGCAAAGCUGCUGUAUCUGGUACAUCGAAUAAUGAAAGAAGUUUGGAGGAGAUACCAGCUUCAUUCCUGCAUCUUCUGCUUUGAUGAGAGAGGAAGUGCAGGAGAGUUUGCGGUGUUCCACAUCAUGAGUCGGAUUCUGGAAGCUGCAAGUGGCAUGUGCUUGCCUUUACCUCCUGGCUUUCACACUCUGCACUUGGGGCUUGGUGUUCGAUGUCUCCCUCUGCACACCCUCCUGCACUAUAUUGAUAAUGGAGUCUUGCAUUUGACAGAAACAUGUGUCAGGAAAUUGCUGAAAGAUCUGGACAACACUGAGAAGAAUGAGAAGCUGAAGUUCAGUAUUGUCAUGAGGCUUCCUGAGGCUCUUGGUCAAAAAGUUCGCCAGUUUUGGAAUCACCCUAUAAAUGCUAAUUUUGUUGCACGGAAAUACGUGAAACUUUUGCUUGAGAAGCUGGGGAAUGGGCAGUGUAGCAGGCCUAUCCCUGAGAGACGCUCAGUCCCUGUGGAGUUUUUGCCACUUAACUACCUGACUAAUAUGCUGGCAGAGAUAGAGAAUCAAGGUGUGCAUCCGCAUGAAAAACAAGACCGUGUUAAUGUAAGAUUUGUAGAGGAGACAGCACUCAAACACACUGUGAUGCUUUUAGGCCUCAAAUAUUCCUGAAAUAACACGCUGUUGAAGAAAGUGAACUGUGGUACCCUUACAUAAAAGUAUUCACACACAAGCGUGCAACCAACUUUUUUUGGUGUUUGUUUUAAACUUAAAUGUCAUGUUGUUUUCCAAAUAAUCUGCAGUUUUGUGUAGCCACCAUUAUUGACAUAGGCUACUCAAAAUAUUUUUUGGUGCAACGUAUUAAGGCUGAAAUCACUGACUUCUAGAUAAAUCCUAGAGAAAUUUGUCUGACACAAACCCAGGUUUCCAGUGAAAGGUAAUUGUGGCUUCAUUGUUUCAUGUUCAAAUCAGUGGAACUACAGCAGGUAUCAAAACACGCUGUGAAAAUUGAUAUUAAUGUCAAUUAUUUUAACAAGAUAGAUCAUCCUGAAAAAGGUAAUAUAAUAUAUUGUAAGCAGCACAGGAUAAGAAAGAAGUUCUUUGGAAAAUUACCUUAACAGUGGCUUGGACAAAGUUUUACUUCAUUCUUUCAACUUUUAGCGUUACAGUUCAAACCUCAGCUUCAAAAAGAAAUGGCCAUUGGUUCUCCUUCAUUUUCAACUUUUAUUUGUACAGAACUGAACCAGUUUUGUUGGUUUGUUUUUUUUUUUUUUUUAAGUUCUGAACUGUGACAUUAAUUUAAAAGAGUAAUAGCAGUUUGCUAUGCAGAGAAAAUUUUAAGUUCUGACACAUAGGAUUUCUGCAGUCUUUAUGGGAUUUAUAAACAGCUCUAUCAAAGUUUCAGACUAAUAAACUAGUGAAACUCAGACAAUUCGAUAGAUUUUGGAGGUUUUCAAUAGCAACCUCUGAUAUUCUCUCUGAGUAGUUUCCACUGAUGCUUCCUGUUCCUAACCAAUAAAACAAACAGAUCCAGUUCUCAGGAGUGACUCGGCAAGUUCACGGUCAUUCCCUGGUCAUGGCCAUCAGUGGAGCUUCCUCAGUAACUGCACAGAGGGAAGGAAUAUUUUUCUCAAUAUAAUUAAAAUGAGUCUGGCAAGUAUAAAACCCAGUCCCAGACUGCAGGAAGCUGUGCUGGUGUAUUUGUGUAAGCGGUGGGGACUGUGUUCGUGUUAUAUUAAUGACAAGAGAAGAUUUUUCUAGCCUUUUCUUUUUAAUGCAAUGUAUUAUAAAAUAUAAUCAGAUGCAAUAAAACUUUCCUGGGAAAAAAA